AUGCAAUUCCAAAACACCUUGUCCGGUAUUCUUAAUGUUCUGCUCGUCAGUCUCCUUUUCAUCGCAGCGAUGACUCAUGCCGAAAAGUCGGACGAUCUUGAGGAAAUGACUAAUGAAGAGUAUGUUCCGCCGAUGCCUAUGGAAAAUUCCGCUUAUUGGUCAGGAAUGCCGGUUAGAGGAUUACGCUCUUCAUCGAAUGGGAAACCAACCUUCAUCCGAUUCGGCAAGCGUGCUUCUCCAUCAUUCAUCCGUUUCGGACGAAAGUGA